GCUGUUUCUAGAUCCAUUUGCAAGGUGAUAUCAAUAACUUCUUAUUAGCUGGUUAGCAAAAGAAGCUAUUUAGUGCAUCAUUGUAAUACGAAGGCAUCGCAUAGAUGUAAUGAGAUUGGUAUGCCAGGAUGCUUUUCUUUGACUUUAUUGAAGGUAAAGACGUUAUCAUUUCCAUCCAUUUCUCCCUCUUUGACAACCCAAACUCUGCUCCAGAAAAUGUUCAUGACUUGUUUAUCAUAUUUAGGGAUUCUAUUUCUGAAUAACUGCGAAAACUUUUUUGAAUUGAUUAUUAACUAAUCACAGUGGAGAUAAAUUCAUCUCACGUCAGUCCCUCCAUGCUGAGGAAUUGAGCUACUUGACACAGAGAUAUAUUAGACGUCAUGCAUUCUCUUCCUACUGUUUUUGGCUUCCUAAACAGAGUCACACUUGGUAUCUUCAAAGAGACUAUGGUCAGCUUGACUUCGGUGAGUGGAUUCCUCCUCAUGGGGUUUUCUGAUGAGCGUAAGCUUCAGAUUUUUCAUGCAUUGCUGUUUUUGAUGACACACCUGCUGGCCUUGACAGUAUGAAAUGACCUCUUCAUUAUCACUGUAAUUACCUUGGAGCAUGGUCUCUACUCCCCCAUGUAUUGCUUUUUAAAGCACUUCUCUCUUCCGGGCCUCUGUUUCAUCUCUGUCACAGUACCCCAGUCCAUUGCAAAUUCACCUAUCGGCAACAGUUACAUUUCUCUUGUUCAGUGCAUAGCUCUGGCCUCAUCAGAAGUAGCCAUUCUCACAGUGUCAUUCUCUUAUGACAGGUACACAGCGAUCGGUCAGCCACUUCUCUGUGAGGUCGUUAUGGAUCUCAGUGCCUGUAGGCAUGCAGUGAUAGCUGUGUGGAUUGCGGGGGGCCUCUCUGGGCUCAUACAUGCUUACAUUAACUUCUCCAAACCUCUCUGUGGGGAGAGCCAUUCACCGAUUCACCCCUGUGAUGUUCCUCAGCUGCUGAAACGAACCUGUUUUAAGGAAUUCAUUCAUGAGAUUGCACUGGCUGGGCUCACAACCUUUACAGAGUUUAUCUGUUUGAUCUCCAUUGUGCUCUCCCACGUUCACAUCUCCUCUGCAGUGCUGAGAAUCCCAUCAGCUGAGGACCUGACCAAGGGCUUCGCCACCUGCCCACCACGCCUGUUUGUAGUUACCUUCUUUUUUUCAGCUGCAGGUUUUGAGUUUCUCAGACCCCCUUCGGAUUCCUCUUCGGCUAUGGACCUCAUGUUCUCUGUAUUCUACACUGUGAUACCUCCAGCAUUCAAUCCAGUCAUCUAUAGCUUACGGAAUGCCACCAUGAAGGCAGCACUGAGGAAGGUGCUGUCAAAGGAAGGGCUUGCUCAGAGAAAGAUGUGUUUAAAAGCCAUGUUUAAACUCGAAAGAACCAUACAAAUAAAAGGCAUUGUUAUUAUGUUUCACAUUGGAAGAGGGGUGAAUUUUAUUUCUUCCCAGAAUGCUCUUCCAAGCUGUCUAUUAUAUAUAUGCCUCUCAAAUACAAUUCUUUAAAAUUGAAGAUAUUUUGCUUUUAAGAAUAUUGAUUUUUCUUCCUCCCUUCAAUGCAAGUGUUAUUUUAAGUCAUCUCUGGGAAAUUUUUCUGAAAUGAAGGAGAAAGACAAUUAGUUUGGAGUCUGGCCUGUUUAAUUUAAAAUUCCUUAUUAACAAAUAGCAGAUGAUGAAGCUAACUGGGCUAACAUGAUGGUGCAUGUGUGGUGUUUCUGGUGGGCCUCCUAGUUCCCUAUCCGUAUUAAGUAUUCAUAUUAAGUUCUUUUGCUAUUAUUACAGUGCUGAUUUCAACAAUUUAUUCAGCCCCUCGUAUCAGGUGCUUUAUACACAUUUUUUUUCUUUUGACUCAAGAAAACAACUCUUCUAGCUACGCCAUAUUGUCUCCAUUUUGCCAAUGGGAACAAUAAAUUUAGGAAAGAUUAAUUUUCCUGAGAUUUCUCAAAUAAAUAGUAGUUAAGCUGUGAUUUAAAUUAAUAUUUGUCUGACUCAAAGGUCAUUUAUGUUCCUUACUCAUGGCAAAUGCUUUAUUACCCAAAUAACAGUGUGUGUGUGUGUGUGUGUGUGUGUAUAAAAUCUAUAAAUAUAAGCAUAUACUCAUAAUCUAUUAAUACAAUUGUCAUCACCCUUGUGUAUCCCCAUUACUGGUGAUAUUUAUAUGAAUUCCUUCAUUUUUCUGAUUUGUACAAGAGUUUUACAAGUUGAUUUUACAAAGUUAGUCAGGAGAUUCCCCCUAGUUCCUUAAAACAGAAUAUAGAUAAAUUACAAAUGAAGAGAUCAAACCUAUGAAUGUGUGAGAUAAGGAGUCAUAUAUUUUGUGACUCUGAAUAUCUGAUUCAUCUUUGUGUAAUGCUUCAAAUUUCUUUAAGAAAGACUCAUAAUUUACAAGAGUACAAAACUGGACCAGUCCCUUCAGUUUUGAAGUAAAUCAAAGUAUAUGUUUUAAUGACCAAAGGAAUGAGGAAUUGCUCAGUAAUGAGGAAUGUCUUUAUAUGACUUUUUUGAAUUAAUGGUUAUAAUAUCUACACAUGUAUAUACCUGAGUGAGGUUUUUUUUUCAUUUUUGAAGGUCAAGCAUUUCUUCUCUUCCAGUAUAAAAUUGGAAUUGGUAACAAAAAUUAUUAGUGCCAUAUUUUGCGGGC